AUGGCCUCCCCCUCUAAGAAGCCCAAGGGAUCUAUCUUCUGGCUAUCCUACAUUUCCGUCGUGGUCUGCAACUUCCUCAGCGCGCUCGAUGCGACUGCUGUGGCCACUUCCCUUCCGACGAUCACCAAGGACCUCAACGGAGGCGAUGAGUUCGUCUGGGUCGGCGCCGCCUACAACCUCGCGGCUGCCGCAUUCCUCCCCUUCACCGGACAGCUCGCCGACAUCGUUGGACGUCGUCCAACUAUGCUCGGUUGCGUAGGCCUGUUUUUUCUUGGCAGUCUUCUAUGCGCCACCGCUCAAAACAUGCCCUGGCUCAUUGCUGCACGAACUGUACAGGGAAUUGGGGGCGGAGGAAUCAUCAACCUGGCGACAAUCAUCACGUCUGACCUGAUUCCUUUGGCCGAGCGUGGUCUCUACCAGGGUCUCCUUGUCCUCACAUGGUCGGCUGCUGCGGGUGUCGGGCCGUUGAUUGGUGGUACCUUCUCCGAGAAAGUGACCUGGAGGUGGCUUUUCUAUGUCAACCUGCCGCUUGCUGGGAUUGCCUUUUUCCUUGCUAUGAUUUUCCUUCGCGUCCGAACCCCCACUGGUACGCUUCGCGAGAAAGUUGCCCGCAUCGACUUCAUCGGCAACUUUCUCAUCAUCGCUGGCACAGCGCUCGCUUUGAUUGGCCUCACGUGGGGCGGCAUCCGCUUCCCGUGGAACUCAACGCAUGUUCUCGGGCCACUCAUCCUCGGCUUCAUACUCGUGUUCCUCUUCUUUGUGUACGAGACCUUUGUCGCCAAGUCUCCCGCUCUGCCCUUCGACAUCCUCGCGAAUCGCACCAGUCUUGCCGGGUACAUCGCGACGUUCUUCCACGGUAUCAUCUCAAUCACCGGGAUCUACUACCUUCCGGUCUAUUUCCAGGCAUGCAAAGAAGUUACUCCUAUCCGCUCAGCGAUCAACACUUUCCCUCUCGGACUGGUCGUCGCCGGGCUGGCCAUCUUCUCCGGUGUCGUGGUCAAAGUCGUGAAGAAGUAUCGACCCGCGAACGUCAUCGGCUGGGCGUUCAUUCUCGUCGGACUGGGCCUUCUGUCUCUCCUCAAGGCGGAUUCGGAUGCCGGCCAAUGGGUCGGCUUCCAGGUCAUCACCAGCACCGGCAUCGGCACCAUCUGGGCGACGACCGUGUACCCCAUUCUCGCGCCUCUCCCUGUGUCCCGCGCCGCCUCCGCCCUCGCCUUCUACAACUUCUGCCGCACGUUCGCCCAGACCUGGGGCGUCGCCAUCUCCGCUGCCAUCCUCCAGAACGAGCUCAAGUCCAACCUUCCUGCCGACUUCCUGCUCACUUUCCCCGCCGGUGCCGAGAUCGCCUACGCCGCGAUCCCCGAGAUCCCCGGGCUCCCCGACCCGCUCCGCGACGAAGUCCGCGCGGCGUUUGCGAAGAGCAUGUCGACUGUCUGGAAGGCAAUUCUCGGAUUUGCGGCGGCGGGUAUCCUCACCGUCAUGCUCAUGCGGGAGGUACCGAUGCAGCAGCACAAGGACGAAACAUACGGACUGGAGAAUGACGAUGCGGAGAAGGAGGAAACGAAGGACUGUGAGCUCGAGGGCGGUAAAGAGGGGUCCAGACGUCCAUGA